AUGAAGGUCUCUACAGCAGUUCUAGUCGCAUUCGUCUAUGCUUCUACAUCCUCUGCAUUACCAAUCGCCAAUGGCGGCGUCGCUUCAAUCGAUAAGCGCCAGACAAGCGAGAUCGUGAUUCCUAUAACCCAAGGCACUGCAUUUCACCCCCCAGACGAAAUCUUAUCGGGUGGUAACUCGCCCGGUAUCAUAAAGCCUGAUGAAGUCCAAGUCGCCCCUCUCGCCGAUUUCCCAGUUCCGACAACUACUUCCCCACCAAUCAUCGUCCCAGUAGCCUCUCCAGUCCCAGAAUUCGGGGUACCAAUGAAUAAUAUGGAACCUUCAAAACCCGGCGGUAUCCCACCCGGUGCUAGAUCACCGCUUGCGUUUAAGCCGGGGAGGAAAGGGACACAAGGACAACAAUUGAAAGAGGAAGUGUUUACGGAUCCUACGGUUCAGUUGAGUGAUGAGAAGAAGAAGUUUUUGGAAAAGGUUCCGGAUACGAUUUGGGAUCAGAUUACUUUACAACCUCCGGGGACUUUUGAACGGCAACUUGAGGAGUUGGUGUUUGAGAGUAAGAUGCCGAAUAUGUUGGUGCCUUUGUUGGCUACUGCGCCUUAA